AUGGCUCCAGAGAGGGACCUUCAUAAGUUUCCAAAAGGAGAACGCUGUGAAUUCUGCGGCUCUCGUAAAUGGUAUCUCGAAAAUGGUUUGAGAUUCUGCGCCAAGGAAGGCCACCAACUUCAAGGUUAUGUCGAAUUUGAUCUCGGCGAUGAGGACUUCGGUCAGAAAGGCCGCGUGGCUCGGAAGGAGAAGCAGGCCAAAGAGCGGAUCAGACGAGUUCUCACCGGCCAACAAGCACGAGAUCUGUACCUUGAGUGCCUGCAGCUUAUCCUCAGAGAGCAGGUGAAUUGGCUAGUGGCCGCCAAGGAGCAUAAACCAGAACUUGAGACGGUUGUCCGCGAUCUUUGGGAUCUCCGCAUCUCCGGAGCUGCGACAAUUGUUCAGGAUGACUCGGCCUCUGAGGGAGAGCCCACGCUUUUCAGCUCGCAACUCGACCUCGCUCAGGACGAGCAACACCAGUCUCGGAACAAACGAGCACAGAGCUGGACUGGAGAGAAUGGGAGCGAGUGGCCGGCACCUCGAAUGAUUGACACAUUAGGCCUCUGCUUCCUGGGGUGCAUGUUGCUGAGGAUACCCACGCGAGUUGGUGACUUUUGCAAGUGGGCGAGAGGGGGAAGCAUCCCGUAUAAAGAAGCUUAUCGCCAGCUGCCUCAGGAGAUGCGUGAUCGAUUGCCAACCGGGUAUACAACACCACUCAAGUCGGCAAACCUAGCUGCGUUCAAUAAUGGAGAAUUGCAUGCUUCGGUCAUGAACCUGGCCUUAUCGUAUCAUCUCAAUUACAGCAUGAUAUUCCCACCGCUCAACGAUGUCCUGAUGACAUUGCAGUAUGCCCGUGAGCUUGGCUUGCCAGUUGAGACGGUAGCAAUUGCGCGCCGCGUUCCGCCCAUCGCCAAUCUAGCCUUCAGUUUUCCACUAGAGAAGACCCGACUCCGUCUCAUAAAUCAGCCAGAAAUUCUACUCGUCACCAUACUUGUGCUUGCAGCGAUGCACUGUUUCCCAUUCGAGGACAAGAUGCCAGCUCCUCGAGACGAGAACAACUUCAUCCUACCUAAGCUUGACUGGAAAGAGUGGAAGAGGAUAAUGACUGCAGCCUUGGCUACAGAUGAAGCUACAUCUACCGUUGACUACACAGACGUUACGGCGUCUCAGAUCACAUCGAUGAGCCCAAAAGAGCUAGAUGAGUACUUUGCACACCUUUCACGACUGACUGAAGCGCAAACCGAAGAGACACUACUCGCGAGAUACUUCCCUGUGGACGAGCAAGUGCCCAGGCAAACAGUGUCCGAGACAACAGGGAAUGAGGUGACUGAAAGGCUGCGCGCUGUCCAAACACAGGCCGCGUCCUUCGCCGACUUAGAUGAACAUGGCAGACAAGGGGAUGAAAGCUUGCGGAAGAGUCGAUAUCACUCGUACAAAUCCGAGGAAGAUCUUCCUCCCAUAGGCAGGGACUUCUUUCAACUGGCGGCGCAGCUGGCAGGGCUGUCCGUUCCAAUGUUGGUGCGAGCCGUCAAUAUGCUUGAGGGCCACAUCGUGACCUGGCAAAAGGAGCAACGCAGGGCAGCUAACGAAAGACGUGAACGAUCGCGGUCUGUCGUGCUUAUGGAGUCGGAUACUGAGCAGCCAACAUAUACUGAGUAA